AAUGCCAAUCCAGUAUCAGAUCAAUGGGUGCUACCUUGUGUGGGUAGUACAGAUGGUCUGUGUGGAAUUCUAAACGCAAUUAUGACGUUAGAUCCCCAAUUUUAGCGAAAUUUUGAUCUUGAAUUGCAGUUUAUGGACGGUGUCCAUUUUUUUUUACUUGGGAUCUUCAACGAAGCAAUUGGUAUUUAUUGCAGGUGGUGGUAUAAUACCUGUAGUAUGGCGUAAUAUGAAAGUAGUAAGACAAGGCUUCUUUUGUGACGACGAGAACAUAAUGUAUCCUGCAAAACACAGCUCUAUUACGAAUGCAAUGCUUUGGGGAUUUUGUGUUUCAGCUCCUUUAUCUAUUAUCUGCAUAACAGAAUUAGUUAGAAAAUUUACAGUUAAUGAACAUGAAGUAAAGAAGAUAUUUUUCUUUCGAUUUGAAGUUCCUUUCGUGAUUCAGCAAAUCUACAUCUUUGGUGGUAUAUUCCUCUACGGCCUAAUCAUCACAGAGUUGCCGACUGAUUUUAUAAAAUCUCUCGUAGGAAGGCUUCGCCCAAACUUUCUGGAACUUUGUAAACCUAAUUUCAACUGCUCUUCUGUAGGAAAUCCACAUUAUUAUGUCGGCGAGUAUAAUUGCACCAAUCCUCAUUUACGGAGUGAAAUGUUCAUUCGAACGUCCUUUCCAUCUGGCCACACAUCUCUUGCAAGUUACGCAAUGCUCUAUACCGUGUUUUAUCUAGCCAAAAAAGUAACGCUCAGCAGAUACAGUGUUUUGGCGAAGCCAUUAUUAUUAGGAAUGCUGCUGAUGCCAUCAGGAUACGUUUCCUUCUCCAGAAUCUCUGAAAACUGGCAUCACUGGGAUGACGUUUUGGGUGGCUUCUUAAUCGCAUUUUUUGUUUGUAUAUACUGCAUAUUUUGUAUGACUGAUUUGUAUGUUAAGAAAAAUCCUACUCAUCCCAAUAUGGAUAAUGUUCUUUCUGAGAUUCCACAUGUCCAUGAAGAAACACGUAAAACUGCUAUUGUAUAGCUUGUUUAUUGGAUUUUACAAAUUACCUUACACCUAAAAACAUGUCAUUUUUUAAUGU